GCUCUUGUCGCACGAGUGUUGACACUUGACUGUUGUGUUGAGUGAUAAAUUUAAUAAUUAAUAUUUAAUACGUCUCUAACACGGUACACGCGACCGUGUCCCGGACGGUAUUCCGAGUAAUCAUUAUUUUCAUCUAUUAUCCGUGGGACUUGGGAAGUCUUGUGUAGAAUUUAGAACACAACAAUUAUUAUUAGUUAACACUACCGACUCAAAUCUAACAACGUUUUUUUAAUUUAUAAUUUUUUUUUAAAUUUUGUUCGGCACUUUCGUUUUAUUUAUUGUCCGCGUUAUGGCCGGCCGUUCAAGAGGACGCAACAACCGAUACCAAUACAAUAAUAAUUCACGAAAUAAUGAACAUGACGAUAGAACUUCAAGACCUAGUACAAGUCGAGGUGGAGGUUAUUCAGAUCAUCAGAGUUUUAAUAAGAGAGUUACUUUUAAAGCAAACAACCGUGGAAACAACAAAUUUCGAAAAAGUUGGGAGAAUAAAUCUGAUUUAGUCCGCGAUCAGUUGGAUAAUGAGUUUUCUAAUAGAAAUGGACCACACAGAAACAGUGGUGGACGACGUAGAUCAUUUCCUGAAAGAAAUUCUGGCGGCCGUGGAGGUCAUAAUAAUUUUAGAGCUUCUUGGACGUUGAAAAAAAGUUCUACGGGAUGGUAUAGCAUUUUUGUACCAAAUGUUGAUGACGGAGAUGAAGUUUUGAAAAUAAUUCAAACAUAUAUUGCACCUAUUACUCUGGUUCCAUUUAACAAAAAUCUUUUUGAUAAUUGUUUACGAUUUUUGGUCGAUGACUACAAAGUCGCUGAAACUUUACAUAAUACUAGUUAUAAAUUAUCACUGCGAGAUGGUCGAAAAUUGGUUAUCAAAGUAACAUUAUACAGUCCUUCACGCUAUUCAGUCUUUAUGGUUCCAGUUCCUGAUGAAAUAAAAGCUAAAAUGAUUGAAGCUAUGUCAACAAGAUACAACCCUAAUACUAGGAGUAUAGAUUUAUCCCGUUUCCAUUCCAGCCAAAUCUUCGUGGAUAAUCAAAUGUUUGUUCCACUAAAUCAACCAGCAUUUCUAUUAGCAGCACUGAAUUUAAUAGCUCAACAAACAAAAUAUGAUAUGUACGGCCUGAGUCUAGAAAAUAACUAUAUAUACUUGGGCGAAGGACUUAUAUGGAUUCGCAGACUGUUUCCUGAUUUAAAAAUAUUGGAUUUAAGCGGAAAUAAGUUAAAUGAUGUAAAAGAUUUACAAGAACUCUCUGGUUUCACUAUUGAAGUACUUAACUUGUCAAGAAAUCCAGUUUCGGAUAAAGAAGAUAAAGAGCGCUACAGGCGAGAAAUUCAACAGCUAUUUCCUUUGAUAACUAAAUUGGAUGAUUAUGAAUUGCCAUGUCGAUAUAGUGCCAUUGUCGGUACUAAAUUGAAAAUGCCAAUCAACUUAGGCAACAGUUAUGCAAUCCCAGCGGAGCAUAAUCCUGAACAACCUAAUCCAGUUGCAGUAUUAGUUGACGCAUUUCUAGCACAAUAUUAUGAACGAUAUGAUAAUCAAGUAUCAAAACAACUAGUUGCUGAAGCGUAUCAUGAAAAUGCGACGUUUUCUAUGUCUUCGUGUUUUCUUUCUGAAAAUAGAAGCAAAGGGAACUUAAUGCAAUACCUUCCGGAGAGUCGGAAUCUAUUUAAACUCUCGGAGAUGAAUAGUUCCAAAAGAUCUCGAUUUAUUCAUAAAGGAAGAGAGAAUAUAAUCAAUUUUUUAGAAAAAUUACCAAAAACGAAACACGAUUUGGGAUCAUUUACUGUUGAUGUGCCAUUGGCAAAUUCUGCGAUGGUUCAAAUAGUAGUAAAUGGUGCAUUUGCCGAAGAAUAUAUAGACAACAAAAAAUUAACAUUGCGAUCAUUCAGCAGAAUAUUUGCAAUAACUCCCGUAGGCAACGGCUGGAGUAUAAUUAGCGAUAUGCUUUUUAUAACAGCAGCAAACAUGGAAAUGCUUUCGGAAACGGCCAAACGUUUUUAUGUACCUAAACCACGACAGUCAACAUCAAAACGAUAUAAUCAGGAAAGUAAUGGCAACAAUAAUAAUAACAGCGGAUCAAUGUUUAUGGAUGAUGUUGAUGAUAUGGGAGAUAUGAAUUCAGUUCAACAAUCGCCUACUCCAAACUAUCCCCCUCCGUCAUACCAGCAAACCAUGUAUUCCUCUAAUCAACAACCAUAUCAGACACCGCAAACAUUUCAAUCGAAUCACCAGCCAACAAAUACAUUGGAACAAAAUACUGUAGCACAAGCGUUUCAAAUAAAUGUACAACAGACUUCUCAGGCGAAUCAGCCAUUUUACAAUGUACCAGCCACUUCUGUUGUAAGUCAAACACCACCGGAAACGACAAUUAACACACCCAUUGACAGAGCUAUGCAACUUACAAUGAUCAAACGCUUUUCCGAUGAAUCUGGCAUGAAUGAAGAGUGGGCCGAAAAAUGUUUAACAGAAAAUAAUUGGCAUUAUGCUAAUGCUGCUGUAAGUUUUUCAAAACUCAAAGACAAUAUUCCACCACAGGCCUUUCGACGUUGAUGUAAUUUUACAUUGAAGACAAUUAUUAUUGGAGUUGAUUGGAAGUUAACAUUUUUUUUAUUUUUGGGUUUUCUUUUGAUGUAAUUUAUAAAAAGUAAAAAAAAAACUGUAAAGCAAACUGAUGCUAGAACAAUCAAAAUUAGUUACACAAUUAUGAGUAGUUGAACUUAAAAAUUAUAUUUCUAACAAAAGCACUUAAAUGUAAAAUUUUUAUAUUUUUUUUUUUAUAAAAAAAAAUUCUUUAUUCGGUUGGUUGUACGACAAUUAAAAUGUAUACUUUUAUACAUUGUAUAAUGGAUCAUUGAUCCAUUAAAAUCUCUGGAAAUGAAAAAA